AUGGAUCCAAUCAAGUACAUCUUUGAGAAGCCUGCCUUAACCGGAAGAAUUACUCGUUGGCAUAUACUGUUAUCAAAAUAUGACAAAGAAUACCAUACCCAUAAAGAAAUCAAAGGGAGUUUCCUAGCUGAUCAUUUGGCUCACCAACCAAUUGAUGAUUACCAAUCUAUCAAGUUCGACUUUCCAGAUGAAGAUGUUAUGUACUUAAAAGCCAAGGAUUGUGAUGAACCAUUUCCAGCUGAAGAGCCAGAGCCAAAAUCCCGUUGGGGAUUGAUAUUUAAUGUAGUUAUCAAUGCUUACAGUAAGGGAACCGGGGCAAUCGUUGUUACUUCUCAAGGCUCCCAUAUUCCUUUCACCACAAGGUUGACAAUUAAUUAUACGAACAACAUGGUUGAAUAUGAAGCUUGCAUCAUGGGUCUGGAAGAAGCCAUUGACUUGAGAAUCAAAAUCCUGGACGUAUAUGCAGAUCCAUCUUUGCUAGUUAAUCAUAUCAAAGGAGAAUGA